AUGAGAAUAUAAUGAUGACUUUCCGGACUGCUGCUGCUCAUAAGCCCUAUAGCGGGUUUAUGCGCGUGCGGAGCGGCAGGGGGAAUCGGCUGGCGGUGGUUCUGCUCCGGGUCUCGCGCAGGGAUCUCAGCUGCUGUCUGUCCGCACUGCUCUUAUUCUGUCUCGGCUCUGUUAUAUACGAAGUCAACGGAGGAAGUCCGAAAAUCCUUCUGGAUGUAGGUUAUUAUCUCGGGAGAUUCGCUGAUGGAUAUGGAUCUCUAGCACCCAGGGUUUUGCCUUUUCCGAGUCAGGUUGUGUAUAACCGAGUUGGUAAGUGUGGAAGUCGCACUAUAGUUUUGUUGUUGCGCAUGUUGGCGGACAGACAUCAGUUCACCCUCAUCUCCUCUGAUAUUCACAACAAGACCAGACUCACCAAACGCGAACAGGAAAAUCUGAUUAGAAACAUCAGCACAACUCCUCAACCAUUUCUUUACACCCGGCAUGUGCAUUUUCUAAAUUUUAGCAGGUUCAAAACAGACGAGCCUGUGCACAUCAACAUCAUCAGAGAUCCCAUCAGCAGAUUCCUGUCCAAUUAUUUCUUCCGGCGCUUCGGAGACUGGAGAGGAGAAGAGAAUCAUGUGGUCCGAACACCUGGGAUGAAAGAAGACGAGAGAUACUUAGACAUCAACACCUGCAUCUUGGAAAGCUACCCAGAAUGCACCAACCCUCGGCUCUUCUACAUCAUCCCGUAUUUCUGCGGGCAGCAUCCUCAGUGCAGAGAGCCGGGUUUGUGGGCUCUGGAAACGGCCAAGCAGAACGUUCUGGAUCAUUAUCUGCUGGUGGGAGUGUUGGAGGAGCUGGAGGACGUGCUGCUGCUGCUGGAGAGGCUGAUGCCACACUUCUUCUCUGACGUCCUCAACAUCUACAGGAGCCCAGAAUACAGGAAGCUGGGGAACCUGACGGGCACCGUCCGCAAACAGAGCCCGAAUCUGGAGGCCCUGCGGGUGCUUUAUCAGCGCAUGGAGUAUGAAUACAGAUUCUACCAGUUCAUCAGAGCUCAGUUUCACCAAACCAAGAGGAAAAUCGGCUUGAAGAGCGGCCCACAAUCUUCCAGACCUCAGAGGAUGAACAUACAGGAGCAAACUGAAGAUCCACUGACCUGACCAUCACUAACUGCAGUCCUCAGAUGCUCUGCUCAACCACCUCACUGGACAAAGCUUGAAAAUCGGGAGGAUUUCUUGUGUUUUUAUAUUGAAGAAAAACUAUUGCACUAAAUGUUACCUUCAGCAAUCUUAAAGUGUUCUGAAAAGUCAUACUCAAGUAAAAGUACCAUUACUUCCCUACUGAAAAAAACAGCUUAAACCUGCCUAGGCUGGUUGACUGGUUUUAGCUGGUCGACCAGCCUGGUUUUAGAGGUGUUUUGGCCAUUUUCAGCCAUAGUAAGAUAAAGUGUUCCUUUAAUUAAAAUACAUACAUUCAAAACACUCAUAAGUUUUAGCAGCUUGUACAUACCCCAUAUAUAAAUAUAUAUAUAUAAG